AUGGCUGUUUUCAUUUACCGUGUGAACCAGCUGUGUAAUCAGAUGGUGGUGUUCGUUGCCUUCUGUGCGGAUUGGUGUCCGUUUUCUCGUCGGUUGAAGCCGAUAUUCGAAGAAUCGGCCCGGGUCUUCAAGCAGGAAAACCCAGAUGCUAGUGUCGUUUGGGCUAUUGUAGAUAGCGUUCGACAAGCAGACGUCGGUGAUAAAUAUUAUGUGAACAAAUAUCCAACUAUGAAAGUGUUUGUGAACGGAGAACUCAUUCAAAAGGAAUACAGGUCCACGAGGUCAGUUGAGGCGUUGACCAAUUUUGUCAAGUACCAGUUGUCUACUGCCAUCAACGAAUUCAGUAAUGAAGAACAGCUCAAUUCGACAAUCGAUCGCUCAAAGAGAAAUAUAGUGGCAUUGGUGAAACGUGGUGAUGAGGUGUACGCAAACGUUAAGAAAUCUAUUGGCGCCUUCUUUAGCCUCACCUCUAGCUCCAAGUGGAUAAUAAAAAGUAGAAGCACAUUGUAUCGGAGAAUAUGGUGGAUUGCACUUAGGAAGACGGUUACGGGCAAGCCUUUCCAGAAAAUCGCCUCCUUACUACGAGAAGAUUGCACUUUUUGGGUGUUAGCGGAAGCUCCAUCGGCAACACUAAAUGAAGAGCGUUUAUCCUUUAUCGAUCCAGAUACCCAGCAAGAGCAACACUUCUCUGGAGAUUUCCGUGAUUACGAAUUUCUCAAGCAGUGGGUGACGGACAAAUGUAUUCCACUUGUCAGAGAAGUGACAUUCGAGAAUGUGGAAGAGCUUACCGAGGAAGGGCUACCGUUCUUGUUGUACUUCCGUGAUCCAAAAAAGAAAGAUGAGGAUAAGAUAUUUACGGAACAGGUGGUUCGCGAGCUGUACGAUCAAAGGGCGGCUGUGAAUCCGCUGCUGGCAGAUGGAUACAAGUUCGCUCAUCCACUCAAACAUCUCGGAAAAACCAUGAAGUUUGUCUUGGAUCUACAUUCUGGAAAGUUACACAAGGAUUUUCAUGAAACGCUCGACCAAAAGAUGAUCGAUCUUGCGAAGUUCAAGGAGGAAAAUGGGAUUGUCGAUGAUGAUCUGGAAGAUAACCGUGAGACUGAUCAACGAUUGCCAUCCACCCGACCAGGAGAUACAACGCCACCACCAUCUGUGUUCAAACAAUUAAAACCGAGUGAAAAACGCUACUCAUUACUGCAAAAAACUGAAUUAUAA